AAAGACUUUUCUUUUGCCCCCAAUUCCCCACCAAAGUGGCGAAUUCAAAACUAAACAAACACUAAAAACAUCAGCAUUUAGAACAUUCCCAGAAAUUAAACCAUUCCUUAUUUUCUCUAUUUACUCUCUCAACCCCCAUCAUUGUCUUCUUCCCCCACGACUUUUCAAAUAAAUAAAUACAAACUCCACUUUUACAUUCAAAGCAACCGGCUUUCAACUCCCGGGGACAAUAACAAAGGUUUUUAUACUUUUGGGUUUUUCUCUCUUUUAUCUAUUAUAUAUCCCCAUUAUCAUUUCUUUUUCAAACACAAACAAGGGAAGCUCAAAGAUUAACGAAGAUGAAGUUUCAAGUUUUGGUGAUUGCAAUUUGGGUUUUGGUAUGUUUUGGUUCAGUUUCAGCUAGAUUCUUUCCCAAUAUCACAGAUAUUCCGUCAUGGAUUAAGAACAACGCCACGUCAAAGGCCCCAUGGGACGCCUUCAAUAAAUUUGCCGGCUGCCGGCCUGGCGAAAAACGGGAAGGUUUGUCGCAGCUUAAACAGUACUUUAACCGUUUCGGUUAUAUACCCAACUCGCCCUCUAAUUUCAGCGAGGACUUCGACGAUGAGUUAGAAAAUGCAUUGAAAACAUACCAGCAGAACUUCAACCUUAACGUCACUGGUCAACUGGAUAAUCAGACUCUUCAACAGAUCGUACGGCCUAGAUGCGGUAACGCCGAUGUAAUCAACGGGACGAGUUCCAUGAACUCAGGUAGAUCGUCGUCUUUUCACACUACCGGACACUUGCACACGACGGCGCAUUUCACUUUCUUCCCGGGAACACCGCGUUGGCCUUCGAACCGGCAGGACUUAACGUACAGUUUCUUGCCGGCGAAUGGGUUGACCGACGAAGUAAAAGCCGUCUUCACGAGCGCCUUCCAGAAAUGGUCAACCGUUACGCCGCUGACUUUCACACAAGUGGAUUCCUACUCCUCGGCGGACAUAACGAUCGGGUUUUACACUGGAGACCACGGAGACGGCGAGCCAUUCGAUGGGGUUUUAGGGACGUUGGCCCACGCUUUUUCUCCAACGAGCGGAAGGCUCCAUUUGGACGGGGAUGAGAACUGGGUAGUUUCUGGUGAUGUGACGAAGGCAUCGGUGUCGACGGCGGUGGACUUGGAGUCGGUGGCCGUUCAUGAGAUCGGGCAUCUGUUGGGUUUGGGGCAUUCGUCGGUAGAGGAUGCGAUUAUGUACCCAUCGAUCACUUCGCGGACGAGGAAAGUGGAACUGGCGGACGAUGAUAUCCAAGGGAUUCAAUUGUUGUACGGCACUAAUCCUAACUAUAACGGUUCCACCACUUCGAAUACGCAGGAGAGAGAGAGUAGCGACGGCGUUCCCCGUUAUCUGGGUCCACGGUGGGGCCUUGCUCUAUUCUUGGCCGUUGGAUUUGGGUCUUUAUUUUUGUAGAUUCUUUAUUACGUGCUCUGUUGAUUAUGAAUAAUUUAUAGACAUACUUCUUAUUUUAUUUUUUUAUAAA